CCGGGCAAAGCCACCCGCCGCCCGCGCACCUCUCUCCCAGCUCGGCCGCUUAGCCCUCGGUGGCGCUCGGCUCCCGCAGGCGCUCGGCCCCGCGUCCCUCGGUCCCCUCCCUGCUGGCCGGACAGGGAGGAUCCAAUGGCAGAGCCCACUGUCCCCAAGGUCCCCACGUUGUUCCUGGUCCUCUUGUUGUUUCCAGAGCUCAGUGUGGCAGGCUCUCUCGCACCUGGAACCGCCCAGAACCUACCUGAGACUCACAUCCCUUUCCCUGGCUCUGCGCUGUGGGAGCCUCAGGCUGGCCACCACAGCAGGCGGGGCCUGGGCAGGAGGGAACGAGACCCAGGCAGGUCCGCCCGAGCCCAGAAAGGUUCUGUGGUCACCACCACCAGGCAGGCUGGCUUGGACAUGAGACUUCCACCUGAACAGAGCCCUGCAGGCCUCCUGAGGGACAAGGACCUGCUCUUGGGGCUGGCAUUGCCCUACCCGGAGAAGGAGCCCCGGAAUCCAGGGUGGGAAAGAGCCAGGAAACGUGGCAGAGAGCACAAGAGACGCAGGGAGAGGCUGAAACCACACCGAGGCCGAGCCGCUAUCCGAGGUCCCAGCUCCCUAAUAAAGAAGGCCGAGCCCACUGAAGACCAGACCCUGGACGCCGCUGCCGAGGAGUCUUCCACCAGCCUGGCCCCCACGAUGCUCUUCCUAACCACCUUGGAGGCUGCGCCUGCCACGGAGGAGUCCAGGAUCCUGCCUGUCACCUCCCUGCAGUCCCAGGCCCAGCCCAGGUCUGACGGGGAGGUGAUGCCCACACUGGACAUGGCCUUGUUUGACUGGACGGACUAUGAAGACUUAAAGCCUGAGGUCUGGCCUUCUGCCAAGAAGAAAGAUAAAUCUCGAGGUCUCUUCUCCAGUGACGGUAACGAGACAUCAGCAACUGAAGGGGAGCCUUGCAACCAUCACCAGGACUGCCUGCCAGGGACGUGCUGCGACCUGCGGGAACAUCUCUGCACGCCUCAUAACCGCGGACUCAACAACAAAUGUUUUGACGAUUGCAUGUGUGUAGAAGGGCUGCGCUGCUACGCUAAAUUCCACCGGAACCGCAGGGUCACUCGGAGGAAGGGACGCUGCGUGGAGCCCGAGACGGCCGACAGCGACCAGGGAUCCUUCAUCAAUGUCUAGCGCCCCAGGGCCAGUGGCGCCUUCCCCACCGGCCUGGGGCCUGAGCCCGGGAGGUCUGGAGAAGCCGGGCGCGGGGUCUGUGACUAGCCCUGGGAGAUCCAGUGGAGAACUGAUGGCUGAGUCUGCAAGCGCGGGUGCAGGUCCAGG